UUCAUUAUAGAUUUUUGUUGUCUAGAAAAGCAAAAAGGUGGUGGUGUACAACUGCCCAAGACGGAGAACAGUAUAAGACUAAGAGCUCCCUUUACCACUUCCGUCCUCAAAAUUUCGUAAAUUCUCAUUAUAGUCCCAACAAUAGUUACGAAAUUAUUCUCCGCCGUCUCAAUGCACUGAGACACUGCGAGUGGCCGAGAAGACAAACCCCAUGGCGGGCACCGCCCUCGCUUUCCAUCUUCAGCCUCUGUCCUCUAAUUUUCGAAUAUUAUCUCAGUAUUCUUCUCAUCUCCCCAUCACCACUGUGGACUGGCGCUGCCGCACAACCACCCCUCUUCUUCGUCUCGAGAGAGGCCUGAAUUCGGACUACCGAGCUCGCGCGUGGGGUGCGAAUCCUCGAAGUGGUAUGGUGAUGGGUGAUUAUGGGGAUGAUGUCGAUGAAGAUGAUGAUGAUGAAGAAGAAGAAGAAGAAGAGGAAGAUAGGAGCUUGGACCUCUUGAUUAGGUUUGUGGAGAAUGUGUUCAGAAAGGUGUCCAGAAAAGCACGCAAGGCCGUUAAAUCUGUUCUGCCCGUCCCCAUAUCCACCAAAUUGGUCGGAUUUGCUGUUAAUGGGACCAUAAUUUUGACAUUUUUGUGGGUUCUGAAAGCUUUUCUUGAGGUAAUUUGCACGCUGGGGAGUGCAGUGUUUUUAAGUAUUUUGCUUAUUCGUGGGGUAUGGACUGGGAUUUCCUACUUCCAGGAAAGCCGUAGUUACAGAGCAGACGAUGAUGAACCCCAAUCAUGGAGUCGCACUCAACUUGCUAUUUAAUUUACUUUUCGCUACGAGAAUAAAUAUUCCAAAAACUCCCAACACAAACACAUACAUCGAACUGUAGAGGAAGUUCCCUAAUUCAUCCCGUAGCUAUCAUCAGUCUUAAACGCUUGCAAUUCCAACCAUUAUUAGAGUCCCAAACCACAUAUCAUUUAUCUCUUUCCCGUUUUGAGUUAAAGCACACAAUAAAACAUCUUGGCAGAAGGGAAAGCAUAGCCAUUACUGAGAUGCUUACUAAUCUUGCAUCUGCUCAUCUGAUGAAUACGAUUGUUCUGCUUCUCCACUUAUAGCGGGCACUGAUUCGACCCAUUGAUUUUUGGAGAUUUGUAACAAGCUGCUUGCCGGGCCAUCUUAUGUUCAUCAAUAUUUGGUGAAAAGCACAGAACUGUGGGAUUGCAGGUGAGUGAUCAAUAAUUGAGCUAGUUAUGGACAUGUGGACCUCAUAAUUCAUGAACAACCCCAAAGACAAGAGGGAGAAAAUGACACUGUGGUUCUGAAAUUUUUAUUUGUGAGAAUUUUGUUUGUAUGAUAUCAAUGGACAUUUGAUGUGCGCUUAGCGCCAAGGUGGUUGUGGAGUCCUUUUUUGUGUUAUUAUUAUUAUUUAAUUAAAGACGACGCUUCGCCUUA